AUGGCACUUCCGCCUGGCAUCGUCUUCCUCAUCAAGGCGGUCCCGCCCCUGCUUUACCCCGCAGCCAUCGCGUAUGGCUGCCUUCGCGUCUUCGAGAACGUGAAGGAGGUCAACCUGCCGCUUUGGGUGCCGGUCCUCGUCGUCCUCGCUGCGAACCCAUUGUUGUGUAUGACCCAGAGCGUCAUCGAGGAUCACCGCCGCGGCAGGCAAGCGGCAGCGAUGGGCGCGGUGAUCGCACCCAUUGUACCCAGCAAGACUCCUUGGGGAUUGGACAAUCUCGCCAUUAUCGUCACGACCGAACCCGAGCACGUCAAGGCCAUCCUGGCGACGAAGUUCGAGGAUUUCGACAAGGGUCCUGUAGUCAACGACGCCUUUUACUCUCUCCUCGGCAACGGCGUUUUCAGCAUCGAUGGUGACAUGUGGAAAUUCCACCGCUUCAUGACCCGCCCCUUUUUCAACAAGGAGCGUAUCUCCGACUUCGCCAACUUCAACCGGCAUGCGGACGCCAUCCUCCGACAGGCUAAGGCGCGCAUCGCGGAGGGCUUCCCCGUGGACUUUCAGGACAUGGUCGCGCGAUUUACGCUCGACUCCGCUACCGAGUAUCUCUUCGGAUACGACGUCAACUCCACGGGCGCGGGCCUGGCGUACCCCGAGGGCUCGACUGCGUCGAAUGCGGCGUACUUUCUCAACCACCCGUCGAAUCGGUUCGUGAAGGCAUUUGGAAUGGGCCAGGACUUUACGGCGGCAAGGGUGCAGGUGGGCACUGCGUGGCGGCUGAUCGAGUCCUGGAAGGAUAAAGUGCGGCCAUUGAGGGCUGUCGUGGACGAUUACAUCCGUGACCUGCUCGAGGCCGCUGCGGUCGAGAAAUCCGACGUCGACGCGACAAAGCGCCCCUCGGAUUACAAGCCGAAGGAGGGCGACAAUCUUCUCCAGCACCUGGUUAACUUCACGCAGGACCGCAGCAUCCUCGCCGACGAGCUCAUCAACCUCCUCGUUGCCGGGCGCGACACGACGUCGGGCACGUUGUCUUUUGGCAUAUACAAGCUGGCAGAGUACCCCGAGAUUGCGGAGAAGCUGCGUGCCGAGAUACUCGAGAAGGUGGGCCCGACGCGCAGUCCGACAUACGACGACAUCAAGGACAUGAAGUACCUGCGCGCGUUCUUGAACGAGACGCUUCGGCUGUACCCCCUUGUUCCGGUCAACGCUAGGCAAGGGCUUGUAAUCAUGGCGCUUGCCUCCCCUGCUUACUCUAUAUUUGCAGGACGUCUAACAAGGAUACGUUGCUUCCAUCGAAGAAUGCUGCGAAGCCGCCCAUUUUUGUGUCUCUACAGCGUCUACCUCAUGCACCGGCGCACGGAUCUUUGGGGACCGGAUGCGGGCAAGUUCGACCCCGACCGCUUCAUCGACGAGCGCCUCGGCAAGUACCUGACGCACAAUCCGUAUAUCUUUGUCCCCUUCAACGCGGGUCCGCGUAUUUGCCUUGGGCAGCAGUUCGCCUACAACGAGAUGUCCUUCUUCCUCGUCAAGCUCCUCCAGAAUUUCGACUCUUUCUCUCUCGCGACGGACGUCCAGCCGCGCGACUCCAUCAGGGCGCCUACCGCGGCUGACACGCCGGGCUCGGAGAUCGAGAAGCGCAUCUUUGGGGUGCACUUGACGAUGUACUUUAAGAGUGGGCUUUGGGUGCGCAUGCAGGAGGCGCCGCCGGUGCAGUCUGUCUAA